GCUGACCACCGCUGACUACGCCGUCUACCCAAUAGGCCGGCGUCACAUCCAGUAUUAUCCGACGUAGCUCCGCGGAGCCGAGGUGGCUCAGUCGUCUGAUAAACGCGGAGGCACCUGGAUAGGCCGCAGAGCUGGUCGCGUCUGCACAUCCGUCGACGCCGGUGAAUCGUGCACGCUGUGAACAAUGUGUACCCCGUGAAACGGAACCGCGGCCAGCUGAUCAAUCCAUUGCUACCUAGUCUUGCGAAACCCCUGGCUCCGUUUCUAUCGACUACCGUGUUUUUGUUCCGAUUCCACCAUCGCCGUGAGAUCGACGGAAAACUUCUGGUUCUGCAGGUUCGCUGGGAGGCUUGGUACCCGAGCGUCGAGGCAGGUAUCGAGGGGACAGAAUUAUCAUAAGAGGAUGAGUCUUCGUUGGAUUCACGAAAACUUAGAAGCACCGACAUGCGACGAGGAAUGCAGCGACAUCGAUGACAGUUGCAGCGACGACAGCUACGAUUCCGAUCUAUCGAUCGGUGAUGAGAAUGGGCCGGGAAGCGAAAAGGAGAUCAAUGGGGAUCGCAGGAGGAAACGGGAGACCAGGAGGCAUCCUACCACCACAGUGAAGUUCGACGAGAACGGAACUCCACGUUACAUCACUUCGGAAUCGGCUAAACGCUCGCCUUGCGUCAUAUGGGAUCCAAGAAAACCGGCACAAAACCCUGUGUACAAUUGUUUGGUAAUCAAAUUGUUCUGUCGAACCGGAUACCAUCUCGGUGUGUUGGAAUCCGGUCGUGUUCGAGGCUUGAGCGCCACGAACGAACCACAUGCCUUGCUUCACAUUAUACCGAUAUCGUUUGGUGUGAUUCGAAUACAAAGUAUCGAGACUAGUCUCUAUUUGGCUUUCAACAAGAAGGGUCGUUUGUACGGAGAGCCAAAUGGAAAUAAAGAUAACACAGAAUGGGAACAAUGGAACGUUGGUUCCUACGAUGCCUUUCGAUCGAAAAAGUACGCGAAUUAUGGCUGGUGGAUAGGGAUUAAAAAGAAUGGACGAGCGAAACCAGGAUCAAGAACAAGUUGGGGCCAAAAGUCGAUACAAUUUUUAGCUAUACGACAAGAAUAA